GUCGGAUGAGCGCACACAAACUGGGAGGAGAUUAUCCCUGCCCGCUGCACGAGGCUUGAUUUCUCGUCGCGUCCCGGUCGGACUACAAUGGCGAUGGCUCUGACCCAAGAGUCCGUUUUGUCUUUUUUACUGGAGCGGGGAGGCAAAGUGAGGAACGCUGAGCUGCUCGGCCACUUCGGCGCUCUCAUCCACGGCGCCUCGCCCGUGGAACUGCAACACAAUAGGGAGCUGUUCAAGAAGUUGGUCAACAGCGUGGCCGUGGUUCGCCAGACGGACGGGGUGAAGUUCGUGGCGGCCAAGAAGCGGUAUCAGGACUUUGUGAAAGAUGUGCUGCACGACACUUUGUCCACUUCAAACUCGACUUUUUGCGCAUCACCUCAUCCACUGCGAGCUGCUCAGAUCGGUUAUUCGGAUGUGGAGAAUAAUAACAAUGCGUGCUGCCCGUCGCACGUGAAUUCGCAAAGAAGUAACUCGGACACUACUCUAAAAGUGUUGAACAUUUGUGGAGAUCGAGUGGGCAGCAGCAGAUCAUCGGGAGCUGUGUUUGCCGUCAUAGCGGUCCCUUCGCCUCCUUCCAAAGUGUCUGCACCACAAGAGAAACCAAAAUCUCCAUCCCAACCUCAUCUUCCAGCUUGCAAUGAAGACAGAGCCCCGCAAAACCAGAGAAACGCUUGGGCAGAUGACCCGAACAAGAGUCCUCCGAGGCAGGCCGAUGAAGCUGAGUGCUCGGUGCCCCUGGAGCCCCUGGCUCACGAGUGGCUGGUGAAGUGUGCCGCCGGGCUGUGGGGGCACGUCCAUGCCAUGCUCCUGCAGGACGCCCGCCUGGCCCAGAAAAAGGACUUCAUAUCAGGCUUCACGGCGCUGCACUGGGCUGCCAAGGACGGCAACGGCGAGAUGGUCCACAAGCUGAUGGACAUCGCCCGGAGGAGAGGGGCACACGUUAACGUCAACGGAAAAGCCCACGGGGGCUACACGCCUCUUCACAUCGCCGCCAUACACGGCCACACGGAGGUCAUGCUUCUACUGGUGGAACGCUAUGGAGCGAGUGUCAACGAGAGGGACAAUGACGGCAAGAAGGCCUGCCAGUACCUUGGCACUGGUGUGUCAGAGGAGAUCUGGGCCCGCAUGGGAGGUGUGCAACUAUCGAAAUACUGGGACAAGACGGACGACGAGGAUUACCGGGAGCAGCCGAAAGGUCUCAGUAAACUGUUCCAGCCUCACAAGAAGCACAAGCAAGCAACAAGACUCACUCAUGACUAGUGCAAAUCAGCAGGCUUUGCUUAUCUUGUUUGUUAUGUGCUGUACCCGACCCAGCUACCAAGUGAUUGGAUGUGGCUCCUCCUUUGUGUAUAAUUACAUUGUGGGCCAAAUUUGGCCCCCGGUCCUGAGUUUGACAUAUAUGCUCUAAAGCUUCGGUGUGGGUGAAGUAAUUAAAAUUAAAAAGAAAGUAAUUUAAUUACCGUAAGUUAGCACCCAUUUUUUAUGUCAGGUAAUGUUGGUUUGACCUGACUGAUUAGAAUACACGAUCUGACUAGAGCAGUGAUUUCCAACCUUUAUGGAGCCAAGGAACAUUUUACAAUUGAAAAAUCUCACGGAACACCAACAAACAAAACCAUCAGAAAAAGUGGAUACCUUAAUUACUGUACGUACGCCAUGCCAUCUAAUGGAAGACCAUUCAUUUGUUCUCUCUGUCACUAUGCCUCACUGGCAUAAAUAGAUUAACAAAUAUACAUUAUUAUAAAUAUAAUUUUUUGAGCAAUUAAGUACACAAGUAUAUACAGUAAAUGAGCAGGUUAUUUAAAUAGACACAUUCCUCCAUCUUGUGAUCGGAUCGGUGAUCGGUUAUUGUUUUUUGCAACUUGGUGAUCGGCCCCAAAAAUCCUGAUCGUGUAAAACCUAAUAAAUUGGCAGCGUAUUACCGCCACCAUAUGUUAAGAACUAUAUUGAUCAAUGUUAGUAUGAUAUGGUAUGCUUUUAUUGUCAAUCCUCAAUAUCAUAUAUAAUACAGAAGGCUGAAAUUUUAUUCUCAAGGUCCAGUCUUAAAAACAAUACACAAAAAAUUAAACCCAUACAGAAUAUA